AUGACAAAAAAGAUAGAUAAAAAUUCAUUCAUCCAAAGAUAUUUAGAGAAAACAAAUUGUUCGAAUUGGAAAUUGGAUGAAAACAAUGAUGAUAAAGACAACGUUAUUGGAUUACCUUCAUUAGAAUUCCUUAAUGAAAUUCAAAAAUCAAUUUCUUUUAAACUUGCAAAUAAAUAUAAAUAUGUUUCGAUAAAUAAUUAUGAAACGGAACACAACGAAGAUGAUGAUGAUGAUGAUGAUGAUGAUGAUGAUGAUGAUGAAAGUGAAAGUAAUGCUGAAGAAGAGGAUGAUGAAGAAGUAAACCAUGACGAUACCACAGAUGAAGAAACAGAAAAAAGAAAAAGAAAAAAAGUUUCAAAAAGUAAAACACACUCAAAACCAAAUAUAAGGUCAACUAACUCUGGUUUAUUAAAAAUGAAUAGUAAAAACUCAAUAAAUAGGUUCCCAUUAAGUCAACCAUGUUUAAAACCUGAAAUUUAUAAUGAAAGAUGUGGUCCUGAAGUUUUAAUGUCAUUAGUGGAACACACGUGUGCUUAA